UGUGGUAGACGAAUGGGCACGACACACCAAGUACAUAGAAUUCAAUUAUUUAAUUAAACUAUUAAUAAUAAUUAUAGAUCUUAAAUUUCGAUUACUAUAAAAAGGGUAUCGAAAAUCCCAUUUAUUCUCAAUCAUUUCAAAUCUCACCACCCCGCAUUCUGCGCCUGCUUAACACAAAUAGUAACUUUUCUUAUAUUUGCAGUACCAAAUUUACUAAAUAUCAAAACACACCCAUGUCUGCUGUGAUCACCCAGUGGAGGAACAACAACUCCGGCGAGAUCGAUGUUUUUGAGGCGGCCCGGUAUUUCUCCGGCGGCGCCGAUCAGAACCCAAUUAACACAGCCGUUCCUCCUCCUCCUCCUCAAAGAGCACUUGCCUGCAGGAUAAGCCUGGAAAUGCCAAAGAAUCCGUACAGUAAUCUGUCCGCCGCCGCCGCCGCCGCCAUGGACCACGGUGGAGAUCAGAAAAAGCAAGAGAAGAAGAAAUACAAACAGCCGAGCUCUCCCGGUGGGAAACUCGCCAGUUUCUUGAACUCCCUCUUCAACCAAACAACCUCGAAAAACACAACCACCAAGAAGCUGAUGAAGAAGAAGAACACGUCGGUUAAAUCUGGCAGUAGCAAUAACGAUCUGGAAGAAGAGAGAAAACGAAGAAGCAGCAUCAGCCAUUUCAAAAUCACAACUACUAGUGAUUCUUCGAAUAAAUCCACGUAUGCAAAUAUGAUGGCAACUCCGACGAAAUCAUCGCUCAGAAGUCUGUCUCACCACCAGAUCGAGCUGGGGGUUUCGGCCCCCUCCAGAAUAAUCAACGCUGGCGUUGAUCAGAAAAGAACUAUUAGUGACAACAAUAUUAUUAGUUACAGGAAUAAUAAUGCGGGGUUUGGAUUUUCAGACAGGAGUUCGACCGUCAUGAAUAGGAAAUUCAGCGAUGACGACGACGACGACGAAGAUGGCGCAGAGAGCGAUUCGAGUUCGGAUUUGUUCGAUUUGCCGAACCAUGAUUUGGAUUUUUGCUCGGCAUCAAGUGGUAAUUUGCCUGUAUACGGAACAACCCACAUGGAUAGAAUCAGGAUUUCUGCACCUAUUUCCGCCGUUGCAACAUUUCUAUAAUAUUUUUGUAUUAUAUGUAAUUAAUUAAGAGUAAUGUGCAAAAAGAAAAAGUACCCCUGUGUAAUUCUUAUCUGCCAAAACCUCCUUGUGAUAAAAUAAC